CCCCUCCUCCUCCUCCAGCUUUCAGGUGAGCAUGCGCGCGGGUUUCGCUUGCCAUAGCAACCAGGGCUGGAGACGGUAGCAACUGGAAUCCUAACAAUGGCGGGGUGCUCAUUUGAAGAGUGAUCUGCAUAAUUAAUGCAAAUUAAUCAUAAUCUAAGAAUUGUAUGAAUAUCGGAAGUCACCUUCAAUAGAAUGGCAAAAGCAACAACUAUCAAGGAAGCUCUAGCCAAAUGGGAAGAAAAAACUACUCAGAAGCCAUCGGAGGCCAAGGAAGUGAAACUCUAUGCUCAGGUUCCCCCUAUAGAAAAGAUGGAUGCUUCUCUUUCCACUCUUGUUAGCUGCGAAAAACUCUCUUUAUCUACAAACUGCAUUGAAAAAAUUGCCAACUUAAAUGGGCUAAAAAACUUGAGGAUAUUGUCACUGGGAAGGAACAACAUAAAAAAUCUGAAUGGGCUGGAAGCAGUUGGGGAUACAUUAGAGGAGUUGUGGAUCUCAUACAACUUGAUUGAGAAGUUGAAAGGUCUCCAUGUGAUGAAGAAGCUGAGAAUUCUCUACAUGUCCAAUAAUCUGGUGAAAGAUUGGGCAGAGUUUGUGAGGUUGGCAGAGUUGCCACUACUGGAGGACCUGGUGUUUGUAGGCAAUCCACUGGAAGAGAAAUACUCUGCUGAUUCACAGAGUGCCUGGGUUGAGGAGGCAACCAAGCGAGUGCCCAAACUGAAGAAACUCGAUGGUAUCCCAGUUAUAAAACAGGAAGAAGCGGAAGAAGGAGAAAACUAGCACCUUUUCUUUCACAUUAAAUUAUUGAUGUAUCUCCAGCACUAUAUAGGAUGUGAUGCUUUUGUAUAAAUAUGUCUUUAAAGAAAAAUUUAGGCAACAUUUUAACUGAUUCAUCUCCAUGUUCUUCUCACCCAAAGAAUUCUUACUUUUUUAUUAUGAAUGUUUACUUUUUAUUUAAUACCUGGAGGGUUUUUUUUUGCAAGUGUAUGGGUUUUUUUAAAAGAGCAGAUUUCUAUAAAGCACGUGUUAAAUAGUUUUCUCUAAUCAUUUGAGAAAUAGCAGAUGGGUUCUAUAUGGUAUGGCUUUUUAAAAAAUAUCUUUCUUUUAAAGAAAGGCUUCAAAUAAUGGUAUGCUUUAACAUUUAUCAAGUGUCUCUUGUUUUUUCUCCUGAGUUAAUAUCCAGUAUUAGAUGAAAGAGUGAAGGCAGUUUCUUUGUUCUAAGUGAAAUAUUUCUCUCCUCCUUUGGUUUAAUAUGCUGACUGAAUUUUCCUACUUUGUUUUAAGGAACAUGAAACUCUUAAGCAAAGGUUUUGUAGUGAUUAUAUGUUGCAGAAUGGCUAAAGUCCUUUAUUAUUUUGGAAUCUGAGUAAUCUGAGAAGAGAAAGCAUCUGUCGAAAGAAGCUGAAACAUAACAAGUCAUUCAAAACAAAGACAUUUUAAUAACUGAUAAAUGACAGCUGAAGAAAUGACAAGAAAGAAAGAAGAGAAAAGCAAUAAUGCUGUAGGAUAUAUAGGACAUGUGUUCCAAUGCAGUUUAUUUUUAUUUUUUUUGUAACGAAGUUUAUAAGUCUUCUCACUUUGUGAAAGCCUUCUCCAUCCCUAAAAUUUUUCACUGACAUGACUGGAUAUUUUAGUCAUUCCUAAAGAUGGAAAGGAGAGAAAUAAAGUAAGGUGUUACUAUUUUGCUGAAGGUAAAAUUUAAUUUUAUAAGGCUUGCGGGAGUUUUUCUCUGCUAUUUUUUUUUUCUACUUAAAAGUAUUGGCUCUGACAAUCCAUUUGUCUGUUAACAAAUGACAGGCAUUCAAAAAAGGGAUGGCACUGAAACACUCUGCAUAGUUAUAUGGGAAUAAACACUAUUUUACACAAACGCUGAGCCUUUGCCCAGGAAUAUUUAUUCUUUAGCCUUUGGAUUUAUCCUAAUCAUUUAAAUGUAGCAGUUGGUUAAUUUGAUUACCCCUGUGGUUCUACUUUGUCUCAAAUCUAUGUGUUUAUGAGGUAUUAAGACAGUUAUUACUCUGAAAGAAUUUUGUGGCUCUUUUUUUUCAAGAGGAGAGUUCCUUACUAUUUUAGGCUUGGUUACUUCAAAGAGCAAUCCUCUAAAAUAUUUCACAAACUUUCAUCUGAGGUUCAGUGGAAUUGUUCUUGCACAUCCACAGAUUGGAUUUAAAAAAAAAAAACUUUCAGAUAAUUUGAUGUUUACUUUCAUUCUAUUUAUAUUUAAUCUUAGUUGUUUCUGUGAAUCAAUCCAUGUAGAUGCAUCAUUUUUAAGAAAGAUGUUUAUGUGUUAGGUUUAGUGCUUGGCAUUGUUUUUCCUCAUAUGUUCUGAUUAGUAUCUUUCUUGUUGUCUUCACAUUAGGCCAGGUGUAGGUAAUCUUUUGUUGGCCAGGAGCCCAGCUGAAUACUGGGGAAGAGGCUGCAAAAUGAAUGGAAUAUUUCACAUGUGAGCAGAAUUAUGUUUAGGGUUACAGAGUAGAGUACUAGAUUUGAAAGGCAGCUAUGAACUGAAUAAACAGAUGGUUUAUUUAGGGCUUAUGCUACUGUACAGGUGUCAUCUUUUCUUAUUUCAACAAAUGGGAAAUGAUGCUAUCAAUUUUCAGCAAUCAUGACAAGCUUUAAGAAACUUUAGAGCUAUAAAAAAAGGGCCAGAUUUCACGAUGACCUUAGAGAUUGCAAUAAGGCAAUGUCUGUUUGGAUGCAGUAGAGGUUACUUCUGAGUAAACAUGCAUAGGAUUACACUGCUCGCAGCUGAGGAAGCUUAUGAACAGAUACAUGAUGAUGGUUCUUGAUGUAUAACUUUUUCUUUUAACAGUUUAAAUUAAGGCACUGUCUAUAUAAGGCAUUGUGUUUCUAGACCAGUCAUGAUUGUCAUUUAUGUUCAUCAUCAUCUUUGCAUCUUAGCAAUUGAUUUUUCUCUUGGUACCUGUGAGGCAGGAGAAACUGGUAAAUUAAUGAAGACUUAUGUACAAAAAUUGGAGCUGCAAACAUUGGGACAGUUGCUGGAUGACAAUAAGCAGUCACAGUAUUGGGUAUUUCUUUCCUGCCAUCUACUGGACAUCCAGAGUUUUGCAGCCUGAGUAACCUUUAACUGGGAAAAAACAGUACCAUAAAGCAAAACUCAAAAGUACUUCAAGUGGGCUAACUUAAGAAAUUCAUCCAAAAUCUGGGACCCAUAACUCUUGUGGAAUGGAUAUUUGAUACAUUUUAUAAAACGUUUUAUGACCCAAACAU